GGACAGAGCUGGUGAGUUCUUAUCUAACAAAUUGUCCAUCUUUGUGAAGAAUCUGGAAUUCACAAGGACCUUACUGCACACUACUCACCGAAGCAAAAUGGUGUAGCAGAACGUAAGAAUCGUAUUUACUGAAGUAGUUGCAACCCAGUGUACUUACUGAACCUAUCUCCUACAAAGGUUGUGUGAUGAAUAAAACACCAUAUGAAGCUUAGAAAGGUACAAGUCCUUUAGUAAGCCACUUAAGAUUUUUUUGUUUUAUUGCUUAUGCUUUGGUUAACUCUCAAACUCGUAAAAACUAGAUAAAAAAUCACAAAAAUAUAUUUUCAUCGAUUAUUUUCUUGAAUCCAAAGCAUACAGGUUGUAUAAUCCUCUCAAUGCAAAGUGAUAUUUAGUAGAAUUCUUGUAUUUGAUGAAAAACAAAUACAACAAGAGAUUCUUAUACCCAUCGAAGACUCUAAAAAUGAAGGAGAAAAGUCUGCUCCAAAUUCACCUAAAGAAGCGAUUGAACCAGAGAUAUUUGCAACACUUGACCAAUUCCACUAGAGAAUCCUAGAUAUUCUAAGCAAUCUUGUCAAUUUGCUUUAUUGUUUGAGAACCUAUAUUUUAUGAAGCAAUUGAAAAUAAGGAGUGGAAGAAUGCGAUGAAGGAAAAAGUGAUGGCAAUACAAAGAAUUGAUGGUCAAACUGGAUAUUCAGAACAAGGUAUCAUGUAGAUGAAAGUGUACAGAAAACAAGGCCAGACUUGUCGCAAAGGUAUACUCACAACAAUAGGGUAUUGAUUUUGAGGAGACAUUUUCUUAUGUUACUGGAUUUGAAACGGUAAGAACAAUUUUAGCCUUGGCUGCUCAAAUGAAAUGGUCAUUUUGUCAACUUGAUGUCAAGUCAUCCUUCUUGAAUGGUGAAUCAGACAGAAGAGGAGGUUUAUGUUGCUCAACCUCAAGGUUUUAAAAUUAGUAGCCAAGAGGAGAAUGCGUACCAUCUGAGGAAGACACUUUAUGGGUUGAAACAAGCGCCACACACUUGGUAUAGCAAAAUCAAUUCCUAUUUUGUUCAAAAUAGAUUUGAAAGGAGUGAAAAUAAGCCUACUUUGUAAUUAAAGAAGUGAGGUUAACAAUAAUCUGCUUGUAUGCCUCCAUGUUAAUGAUAUAAUUUAUAUAGGUUCAUCUCACUCUAUUGUAAUCUAGUAUAAUGAAUAAAUUUGAGAUGACUGAUUCGGGUUUGUUGCAUUACUUCCUUGGGCUCGAGGUGAAAUAAGGAGAAGGUAAAGUAUUUAUUCUUAAAAGAAAUAUGCAUCAGAUCUCUUUCAAAGAAUUGGGCUUGUCAAUUGUAAAUCUGCCACAACACCCAUGAAUAUAAAUGAAAAAUUGCAGUAGGAUUAAAAGUCUGGUUGGAGGUUUGAUUUAUUUGACUCAUACUCGUCCAUAUAUUUCAUACUUUAUUGGUGGUGUUUCAAGGCUUAUGAGCAAUUCAUCAAAGCAUCAUUUUUUAGCCCAAUUCAUUAAAUUUCUGGACUAAUUAAGCAAGUUAUCUAUAUGUGGAUCUAUUUUGAUAGUCCUACUUUGAGAUACCAUGAAAGUCUUUAUUUUACUUUAUUGUGACCUCACUAAAGCAUAUGUGCCAUGAUUUUUUAGUGUAGUCACGUGGAGCGUAUAGGUAUAAGUUUUUCUUCCGUUUUCUUUUUUAGUCUACUUCCAUUAAUUAUUCCUUUCCUCUUUUGUUUUUCGUUUCCUUUAUAAAAUAUAAAAAUAAAUAUAUUAGGUGAUUAUUUUUAGAUUAGUACAAAUAUAGAAAAUACUUAAUGAGAGACCAAAUCAAGUGCAAAUUUUUAUGCAUUUACCCUUUAAACUAAUCGGCAAUGCAAAUACGACAAAAUCAAGCCUCAAUGUGGGCCCAAGCCCAAGCUCUAGAAUCUUGCUUAUUAAGCUAACAAUAAACCCUAUAAAUCAAGCACCUUCCUUCAAUAAAAAAAUGGCAUCUGCCUCUCUCUUUUAACAUUUAGUAAACUAUAGGUCCAGAUAUGGAGGUGGCAUCGGUGUUAAUUCCAUCUUUCGAAGGCUUAACCCAAACUGAAGUCAGAUCAAUGAUUUUUGAUCAUAUACUUCGAUUCGCCCAAUCCAUUCCACCACCGGAAGAUGAACGGAAUAUUGUGGCAGUGGUGGACGCAACAAACAACUCAAUCUCCUUCUUCGAAGCUCAUCCUAUCAAUGCAGAACCUAUUUUGGAACGGCAAUUACCAGCAUCAAUCGCUUCCAUUCAAGCGAUACCGUUGGUUAAGAUUUUAGGUGAAGGGAUUGAUUGCUCUAUUUGCUUGUCCAAUUUUGAACUUGGCGAGGAAGCUAAGGAGAUGCCUUGUAAACAUCAUUUUCAUUCGAUUUGUAUUGACACGUGGUUGGGCAUCAAUGGAUCGUGUCCGAUUUGUAGGUAUAAGAUGCCAGUAGACGAACAAUGCGAGAAGACACAUGAAGAAGGUGAUGAGGAUGAAAUAGGUGAUGAUGGUGGCAGUGAUAUACAGGAAGAUAGAGUGGUAUUUGUUUUUCAUGUUGCCAUUAUAGCAGAAACUGCAGAUCUAGCAGUAUCAAUAACAGAAAUGAAUAGAAUUUCUGAGGAUAGGUUUCUAACUAUUAGAGUGCCUAGACAUUUUGAUGUAUCCGCACCUAGAGAUGGAGUUGGGUCUAGAGUUGGAAAUUCUGAUGUACUGGAAGCUUCUGGGAAUGGCGAUGUAUUAGUAGAUGGAAAUGGCGAUGAAUCUGAAGUUAGAAAUGGCGAUGAAUCAGAAGCUAGAGAUGAAGAUGUAUCUCAAGCUAGAGAUAACGAUGAAUAUGAAGCUAGAGAUGACGAUGUAUUAGAGGCUAGAGAUGGCGAAGAUGACGAUGAAGCUCAAGAUAUGGUCAUUGAUAACAAUUAAUUUGGUUAUUUUCCUUAUUUGUUUUUGGUGUCUUCUGCUGAACUAAAAUACAAAAGUUAUUUGUACAAAAUAUUGUGCUUAACUAAAUCUAUAAAGUUGUUUGUACAAAACAUCGUGCAAUUAGGAUGAUGACAGGAUUGGGAUAACCUAGAUCCAAGAUAUGAUCAUUGACAACAAAUAGUUUGAUUUUUUAUUUGUUUGUUUUGGGUGUCUUCUAAUUUCAUAGAACUGAAGUAUUAAGAUUUCCCUAGAGCCUUAGAAAGUCGAUAUUAAUAAAGUGAAAGUUCAUGCGGUCAAACAAAUGAGCUGCAAUCAAGAUUAAAAGCUUUGAAUUGACUUCUCUUUAGCUAAGUUAUUCAUAAUUUGGUUAGCCGCUCCUUAUAAAGUGAUAUGAUCCAUGGAUGUAAUGAUAAUUGUGAUUGCAAGUUCAUAAUUUUUGUUAUCUCUUUUGACAAACAUAUAUUGAACUUUAAACUUCUACAAAUAUCAACAUUAUAUCUGGUUAAUCCGAAUAUAUCAACCUUACUAGUACAAGUAAGGAACCUUCUUUCUCUAUAUUGAUGAGUGCAUUGACAGAUUGAAUUAUCAAUUACACUAUUUAAAUUUCAAAAAAAAAAGAUGUUUAAUCUUUCCCCCCCAAUAUUUUCUUUGGUCUUCAUAUCUACAAGACAUGUAUUUUUUCAUAUAUUUCCAAGUUGACCAUGAUGAGAGUUAUGUGUAGUAGAAAGGUUUGUAUCCCAUUGAGAGGUUUAAUCCUCCACCAAUUCUAAGAAGUGCAUUGACUCAUAACAUUUAUGCAUAGUUAAUACUUGUUUACCAAAUUUAGUCAGAUUUUCAUUAGAAGGAAAUUUCUUUUUCAACAAUCUCUAAGAGAGGAAUGAUAUAUAAAUUGAAAAUUUUCUAUUCUACAUAUGAUUUAUAAAGCUCAUUCAAGGGUAGGGAGUCGUGAUGAUUUGUCACACAUUCUUAUUAAAAAAAUUACUGCCUAUAGAGUUUUCUAAACGUCUUUUAUUAUGUUCACUAAAAUGAUGACAUUAAUAGUACUUUCUGGUAGGAUGAUAAUUAAUUUCUUCAUCUUUCUACUCUUUCCUUGC